CAGCUAUGAGCAAGAAACACCAGAUGGAUCCACGAACGAGACACACUCAUAUACGUGCACACACAUCUACACUUACGUGAACGCCUCCAUUAAUCCACGACAUGCUGGCUGCACAAACACACUCACGCACACAUCUACACACACACACACACACACGCGCACACUGUUCACCGAUGUGUGCAUGAAAGACGAACGCAUUCACGCGCACACAUUCACCAAUUUUGUUCACAGCCACUCGCUAUCGCGAUGGCAUGGCAGAGCAGGGAUUGGCCCAUGGGAUGGCGAGACAUGCACUUGAUGCAUUGAGUGUCCUUGGUACAACUGAAUGAAUGGGCGGGCCAUGAGAUACACAAUUAUUUCCGGUGUUGAUCAAUUUCUCAAUGUGCCUCGUUCGCCUCACAGUGUUCUCGCUGUCUUUCUAGCCUGUCUGUCUGUCUGCUCUGUGCCUUGAAGCAUCGGGAAGGAAUGUCAGCCACGAAGAGGGCCCGCCCGCUGAUGCGAUGCGUGUGGCCCGCUUCUUCACUUCACUACCAAAUAGCCUCUCCAACCAAAGUCACCAACCAGCACACAAAUUGAUCGAUCAGAUGUUCCGGAACACACGUGUCUCGCCAAAAUCCUUACACACAGAGGACUCCUUGCGCGCGCCCCCGAAAGCACGCGACACCCACGAGCCGCCCUUCCCCGCCUUUCUCACCCUCUCUCUGCACGAGACGUCCAGCAGCAGCGGCAGGGAGUCCACCAUGCCCACUCGGCCGCAUGACACCACGACGGUGUCCUCAAAGGAAGCCCCUAGGUCCGCUAGCCGGCCGCCCGGGCCCAUCUCGAGCGCUGCGGCGUGCUGCACACGCGCUGCUGAAUCGGUCUCCCUCAACACAGUGUGCACCUCGCUCCCUUGGGCCAGGUAAGAUCCCUCAGUCUGCCGCAUCUGCGAGUAGCGGAUGUGCGCCUCGACUGCGUCGCGGCACAGCACAUCGUCCAGCGAGCACCGCUCCCUCUCGCUGCUGAUGAUGGUGACGCUGACACCCAAGCUGUCGCGCCAAGACAGCAGGUGGUCGCGGAAAGGCAUAUCGCGGAAGGUGCGGGCGCCGUGCAGGAUCGAGACCGUUGUGAGAUUUGUGCCGAACCAGCCGUCCCGUUCGAGCAGCUCCAUUGUGGCGCGGACGCCGCUGAGGCCCACCCCUGUGCUGACGAAGACCAGGUGCUGCACUUUGCCGUUGUGUGGGUGGCUCAUGAAGUCCAUCAGGGGGUCCUGCAUCGAGUUGACGAAGCCAACAAUAGACGGAUUGACAUACACACUCCUCACCUGCACACACACACACACACACAGAGAGAGAGAGAGAGAGAUGGUUUCGCCUCUUCCCUCUGGUCAUCUGUGUGGGAGUGUGUGCUCCGUCGCUUACCCUGCCAGCCGGCAUUGACCGCAAAGCCCGCGCAACCACUGUCACGUUCUCGUGGAGGGACUCAUCCACCUGUUGGCUUAAGACCUCCAGCACACCAGGCGGGCCCGUGUUGGCAAUGGCGUAUGCCUGCUCGAUGUGCCAGCCCUCGACAAACACCCUCGUGACGCCGCCGGGCUGAUAAGUAGCCAUGAGGGCGUCCCAGUGGGGCAACGACAAGUGCAGUGUGAGGUGCUGGAUCGGGCCGUAUGACACACGCUCGAGCCGAUCGACAGCCAGGAAGUCAUCUAGAGAACGGAAACGAAGACGAUGACCGAAAGCAUCAGGCGGCUGAUUCCUCUCUCUCCCUCUCUCUCUCUGACCAUCACAAUCGCUCCCAAAGUAGUUGCAGGGACACUCGAGGACGCCGCACAUGUAAUUGCUGAAGUUGGCAUGACGCGCAGCCACAGCAGGUUCGCACCUGUCGUCGCAGCACAGCAGGCCCUCGCCCAGCGGCUGAGGGUACCGAUCCCGGCGGAUCUCGGGGGGCAGGCACUCAUCUCUGCAGGGCGAGCUGCCUAUUGGAAAACCCUGGAACUGCAUGAAGAAGCCACAGGGCAGCCUCGGCUUGUUGCCGCUCAAAACGUUGAUCGACCUGCACCAUGCAGCCAGUGCAGUGAAAGACAUCCUGACCCCAGAUCUGUGUGUGCGUCUUCCCACCAUAGUUCACAGGAAGUUGUGCACAGCUCGCCUUGGCAGCUGUGGACGUUCCUAUCGACAAAGCAGAGGGCUCCUUCCGGCGCCUCCCGACACCAUUCGCCACAUGUCUGAAGUGCCACACACACACACACACACACCACACACACCCGAGCGCAUCAACGUGCACCCAUCUGUCUGUACAAUCCAUCCAGGUGCUGUGCCGCCUUGCGCACUGCACACCUGGUCGGGGAGGAUGCGGAACGACGAGCCACAGGGGAUGAGCCAGAAGAAGCCGAGAAGCAGCGCAUCUAUCAACACACUCAUUGUACAAUGCAGCUGCAUCAUACACAAUACACAGACAGAACAGAUCUGGGCCUAACGGCGCG